ACUCUGCUGUCUACAGACGACCGAGUCGCCAUUUUGAAAAGCAAUUCGUUCACAGCACACCCGCCCUGAGUACUGGAACUAUGCCGCGGGGCCGGCCUCGCAAACUGAGAGUUAAAAGCAGCGACGAAACAGAUGCAGAUUCCAGUGAAAACAAGGCUGAAAGUUUCAGCGAUGGAGAGCUCAAGGAUAAGAAGUGCACUAUCUGCUCCCAGAUCUUCACUACGGAGAGCCAGCUGCAGAAGCAUCUCCGUGAACAUGAGGUCAAUGACAAGCCUCACCGAUGUGACCAGUGCCCACAGACGUUUAAUGUGGAGUUCAACCUCACACUACACAAGUCCACACACACCACCUCUGACUUCACCUGCCCUGUUUGCAAUAAAAAGUUCUCCAGAAUCGCCAGCCUCAAAUCCCACAUCAUGCUGCAUGAGAAGGAGGAAAAUUUGAUCUGCGUAGAGUGCGGAGAUGAGUUUGUUCUUCAGAGCCAGCUCUCUCUGCACUUGGAGGAGCACCGGAAGGAGCUCUCGGGCAUCAGGGUCUACACCUGCAAGACCUGCGACAAGGAGUUCAAGACGUCUGCACAAAUCAAAGAGCACAUGAAGAGUCAUAUCAAGAUGAGGCCGCUCACCUCUAGUUCCAGAAACUACAAGAAAAACAUAGAUCGCAGUGGGUUCACAAACAGCUGUCAUCACUGUGGAAAGGCUUUCAAAAAGCCAAGCCAGCUGGUCAGACACAUACGAAUACACACAGGAGAGAGACCUUACAAAUGCACGCAUUGUGGCAAGGCUUUUAACCAGAAGGUGGUGCUGCAGACUCACAUGGUGAGACACACCGGAGAGAAACCUCACCUCUGCAUGUUCUGCCCUGCUUCCUUCUCCCAAAAGGGGAACCUGCACUCCCAUGUUCAGCGGGUUCAUUCAGAGACCAAAGGGGUGCCACUGUUCCCAUGCUUGGACUGCAGCUGUGUGUUUAAGAAGCUGGGCAGCCUGAAUGCCCACAUCAGCAAGAUGCACAUCUCUGUGGUCGAGGUGCCUUCCAGCACUUCGGAGACGGAGACAUCAGGUCAAGCUCCGACGGGGUCGGAGGGUGGCGAAGGGGUGACGGACGUCAUUCAACAACUUCUCGAGCUGUCAGAACAGGUCAGUGGAGAGACAGCCCAGCCUCAACCUCCAGAACCAGCUAUUGCCAUGGAAACUGCCAUCAACCAGGACAUCCUGCAGCAAGCAUUGGAGAACAGCGGACUGAGUGUGGUCCAACCUCAGAGCGAUGCCACGCCCAGAGAGUCACAGAACCAGACCAAUGAAGGCGCCGCUGUAGAAAUCAAGAAAGUACAAGGUCCAGACAAACCGGCCAGGGAGAAGAAGAGAAGCAUUUUCAAGAAACCUAUACAAAUGCCAGGCUCCAUCAGGGAGGAGGACGGUGUCCGUUGGCACGGCUGUCCAUACUGCUCCAAGGAGUUCAAGAAACCCAGUGACCUCGUGCGCCACAUCCGCAUCCACACGCAUGAGAAGCCUUUUAAGUGCAAACAGUGCUUCAGAGCUUUUGCUGUCAAGAGUACCCUCACAGCACAUAUGAAAACGCACACGGGUAUCAAGGCCUUUGAGUGCCAGUGCUGUCUGAAGUGCUUCUCCACUUCUGGCAGCAUGAAAGUACACAUGCGACUGCAUACAGGUGUACGUCCAUUCCCCUGUCCUCACUGUGACAAGAUCUUUCGUACGUCUGGCCACCGGAAAACACACAUUGCUUCUCAUUUCAAAAGCCUGCAGCAAAAGAAGCACAAGUUCCCUCGGAAAACCAACAAAGCCAAAGUGUCCAAAAGCAACCUACCUCUGCCUGAUAUCCCCCUGCACGAACCCAUCCUCAUCACUGACUUUGGUCUCAUCCCAUCCCAGAACCCUCGCCUGGCUUUCCAACAGUACCUGGAUGUGGUGGGCAAUGACCGGCCUUACAAGUGCCAGUUCUGCAGUAAAGCGUAUAAGAAAUCAAGCCAUCUAAAACAGCAUGUCAGGUCUCAUACAGGUGAGAGGCCCUACAAGUGUUUGCAGUGUAGUCGCGGUUUUGCCUCUUCAGGAGUCCUUAAAGCUCACAUCCGGACGCACUCAGGCCUAAAGGCUUACAAGUGUCUGAUGUGCGACACAACGUUCACCACCAGCGGCAGCCUGCGGCGCCACAUGACCACUCACAGUGAUCUGCGACCGUACAUGUGUCCCUACUGCCAGAAGACCUUCAAGUCUUCACCCAACUGUAGGAAACACAUGAAGACGCACAGGUACGAACUGGCCCAGCAGCUACAACCUCAGUCAGCAGACGACCCCUUAGGAACAGGCACUGUGGCUCAUGAUAUGCAGGUGGAAAUAGAAGGAGACUCUCUCCAACAAGCCCCUGCUACAACAGCAGAGCAGCAAAGCAUGCUGGGACUAGGCCAGACGGAGGUUGUGAAUGGAGGCCAGCAAGUGACACUGGAGGCACCACUGACUGACCAACCUCUAGUACAAGGAGAAGACUCAUAUGUGACUACCCAACAUGCUUUGCCUCAGAAUAUCAGCCAGUUUGAGACACCAGCACUUCCUCAGCCUUCAUUUGAUCAGCAAGCUCUAACGCAAGGCUUCACCAUCACUGAACCGAGCUACAAUCAGCCGCAGUUCUCCACCGUCCAGCAGCUGCAGGAUUCCAGCACCCUGGAGUCUCAGGCUCUCUCCUCCAGCUACCAUCCUCCAAACCUGCUUCACGUCCCCAGUGCUGAGGUGACAAAUGGGCUUCUUCAGCAGAGCAGUCAGAAUGAGCUCCAGCUGAGUACAGAGACUCAGGAGUACCAGGACGAUAGUGAAGACAACACAAAGAGAGCCUACAGGUGCACUUGGUGCAAUAAAGGCUUCAAAAAGUCGAGCCAUCUGAAGCAGCAUGUGAGAUCCCACACUGGGGAGAAACCGUUUCGUUGCCCCCUCUGUGGACGAGCCUUUGUAUCAUCCGGAGUACUGAAGUCACAUCUCAACACACAUACAGGAGUGAAGCCCUUCAAGUGUAAUGUUUGUGACGCCUCAUUCACCACCAAUGGCAGCCUAAACCGCCACAUGAUUAUCCACAUCAAGUCUUUCAAAUGUUCCAUGUGUGACGAGAGCUUCCGGACCAGCCUGCUGUGUAAAAGGCACAUGAAGAAGGAGCACGCUGUGGAGGACCAGAUUAUAGGUCUGGAUAAUCAAGACGUGGAGGAAGAGGAAGACGAAGAGGAGGGCGAUCAAAAAACAUCAAAGAGGAGGGGUCCAGAAAUCAUCACUUUCACCGAGGAGCAAGCAGCCGAGCUCGCAAAGGAUCCCGGUGAGGAGGCCUCUGUGUCGGAGCGAAUCCUCGCCCAGUCAGCGGCGGAGAGGGAUCGGAUCAGCGAGAUCAAAGACAAAGCUGUGGAGCUAGAAACAGAACCCAAGUUCGCCAACUGCUGCAACUACUGUCCCAAGAGCUUCAAGAAGCCCAGUGACCUUGUCAGGCAUAUCAGGAUCCACACAGGAGAAAGACCAUAUAAGUGUGACGACUGCGGGAAGAGUUUUACAGUGAAAUCGACUCUGGACUGCCAUGUGAAAACACAUACAGGUCAGAAACUGUUCAGCUGUCACAUGUGCAACACGUCCUUCUCUACAAAAGGCAGCCUGAAGGUGCACAUGCGCCUCCAUACCGGCUCCAAACCCUUCAAAUGCCCCUUUUGUGAUCUCCGCUUCAGAACUUCAGGUCACCGCAAAACCCACAUCCAGUGUCACUUCCGUCCAAACAGCGACAGCCGCAAAUCCAAGAGGUCUUCCUUGUCUGCCAGUCAGGCCAGACAGGGGCAGGACCCAGGAACUGGGCAGGCUGUAGCAUCGGCUCAAGGACAGCAGCCAGCUAGUUCAGAGGCUCUUCAACCUGUUGGUCUGCUGCAAACGCCAAACUCUGACCCCAGCAUUUACCUCCCAGCCAACCAAGUCCUGACAGGGCAGUUUGACCAAAAUCUACUGCAACAAGGACUAGUAGGACAGGCCAUCCUGCCGGCCUCCAUGUCAGCUGCAGGAGAUCUGACUGUGUCUCUCCCAGAUGGACUGACCACGCUGGACGGCCUCCACUUGCAGCUGACGCCUGCCAACCUGGUGUGCCCCAACGUCCACAUCUCUGGCAUCGAUACCAGCAACAUCAACAACAUCACACUUCAGAUUGACCCUACCCUCUUCCAGCAGACCUUACAGCAGGGUGGCCUCCUCUCUCAGCCCCUGAGCGUUGACUCUGGCUUGGUCUCGCACUCCGGCAGCCAGUUGAUGUCUACAACUGACCCGUCAGUGUCAGCCAACGUUGUCAUUCACCCACUGACCAGCCUGGCCCUGCAGCCCUCCACCAUCGCACCUGCGCAGGUCACAAUGGCCGGCCUUUCUGAGCAGGAUGCAGCCAGUUCUCAGGACCUCAGCCAUGUCAUGGGCAACUCUGGGCUAGUAGCGGGAGGCAGCGGUGGCCAGGAAAUUACUCUGACCAUCAACAAUUCCAGCCUGACACAAGCUCUCGCCCAGGUCCAGGCUCAGGCUUCAGCUGCAGGCUCCAGCAGUGCAGCAGGAAACCCUCAGGAGAUCACGCUCACCAUAUCGGGCCAAGAUCUAAUCCCGCAGCAUAGCAGCUCUAAUGGUGCUGAGCUGAACGGCAGCAUCAGACUGGCAUCACCACUAAACAGCCAACCCACUAGCGCAACCCUGACCAUCACCAACGACCACCUCCUACCUCAGAGCCCCGCCAACACUGGAAUGGCAGUCACCAGCCUGCCAGCUAGCACCACAUUGUCACAUACUGCUGCAUCCCAGAGUCUAGUGAUGUCACCAGGAGGCGCGGCUAGCGACAGCAGCGUUACGCUAACCCUGGCAGAUGCACAGGGAAUGCUGGAUGGCGUCACGCUAAACCUCAAUGCACAGGGUCAGACAUUCCCAGCUGUGCUGAAUGACGCCACCCUACCAGGACAGCCAGUAACCUCAGGACAGCAGGUCAUACUGGUCAGCCACCAUUCCCAGUCCACAAACGAAGCAUCUGACAAUGGAUUUAAUAUUUCAGUUGAUGGCCAUAAGGGUGGAAAAGACCCCCAGACAGAGACUGAUAAUCGGAACCAGUGCUUCUACUGUAAUCAAGUGUGCCAGAAUGCAAACACGUUGCGACGCCACUGCAGGCAAGCUCACGGCAAAGAUCGCUGUCAUGUGUGCAGCCUCUGUAGAAAAGCUUUCAAGCGAGCUACACACCUGAAGGAACAUGAACGAGUGCACCAGCCAGGCCCGUCACCCAGCUCCCAGAAACCCAGAGUCUUUAACUGCUCGUCCUGUGCAAAGGCUUUUGCCAAACGCAGCCAGCUGGAGAGGCACAACCGAACACACACAGGUGAGCGUCCCUUCAAGUGCAGCCAGUGCGACAAGGCCUUCAACCAGAAGAGCGCUCUGCAGGUCCACAUGGUCAAGCACACUGGAAAGAAGCCCUUCAAGUGCGAGGUGUGCAGCAUCAGGUUUACCCAGAAGAGCAACAUGAAACAUCACAUGAAAAGAUCCCACGGCUACGGUCAAAUGCAAGACGUGUCCCUGGGCCAAGAAGGCCCGGCGCCUCAGGUCGAGGUAACACCUGAGCUCGACCUGGAAGUGGUUCCUGAAUCAUCCGGAGACUGGGACAAUGUCUUCCACUGACCACCAUCCGCAUGAGUCCCCAGAGUCAAACAGCACUGUAGCAUGAACUGACCACUAAUAGAGUUCCGUCAAAACAGCAAAGCUUUGCCAAACAUAUUCCUCCUCCGACAGGGGCUGGAUGGUUAGAAAAAAUUUAGGACAUAUCAAGUGUGUUCCUGUGUAUAUUGAGGGCUUUUACCCCAGCAGCAGUCCACUGCUGCUUAUCUAAAUUAACAUCGAAGUUAAGGGAGUCUGGUUCUCUGUGAUUGGCUUAAUGACUUUCAUCUGUUUGGCUCCUGUCUGAUUGUCAUCAAUAUGGUAACCUCUAAAGAGGUUCGGCUCAAUAAACACAGUCAUCCCAGAGAAUUCUCCACUCUGGAGAUGCAUUUGUGUCUAAUGCUGACCCUGCUGGAAAGAGAGGAAACUGUACUCUGCUAAAAAAGCUCCCUGGAGACCCAGAGUCGUGUUUCUGCAUUAUUAGUCUGCUCAGAGAGCUGCAGUCAGCUGUGCUGCUGUCAUGGCUUCAAAAGCAGCACAGAAGAUAGAAAGCUUUUUCCCCCACUGGUUUACAACAAAUCUGUCACUUUUUUAAAAAACAUAUUUAUACUGUACAUAUUUAAUCUCAUGUCAUUUUCAGCUGCUUUAGCUUGAGAACGUAGCCAAACGUGUUAGCUGUGAAAACACCGCUGUGGAUCAGAUGCUGUUCGAGGUUCCUGAUAGAAGAUGUCAGCAUUGUUUCCUGUCAUUGUGUUGAGGCUCACAGCAUUUUAUUUACUGUAAAUAGUGAAGGUAGAUUCCAUAUAUUUUCUGAUGACCUGCCAAGACCUGGUUUGUUUGGAAAUAUGAAAUUUGUGCAUAAUGUCACAUUUGUUAUGAAACAAAGCCAAUGUACAGACGACAAGCUUUUUCUUCUCUCUCUCUUUUUUUGCAGUUGUAUUUUCUAUUGUCCAUAAUAAAUUAAGAUUAAUUUUCUACUAA